AUGUGGACUACUGUCAGUGGCGGCAAAUCAAGUGAGACACCAGCUCAAUCGAUCAACAAGAGCAAAUUUGUGUUGAUGGCCAUACGCUUACUGCCAUGCCUCCUCCUACUGGUAGCAGCAUUAACGGCCGCCGCCGACGCUGAGAGCACCACCACCAGCUGCCCCGACAGCUGCGGCGGUAUGCGCAUCCAGUACCCCUUCGGCAUCGGCGCCGGCUGCUUCCGCAAAGGCUUCGAGAUCGUCUGCGACGGCGGCAGGCCGGUGCUCGCCGGCGCCACGGCGCCCAUCCCGGUGACCCACCUCUCCAUCAGGACGGCGGGGGUCCGCGUGAUGCUUCCCGUCGGGUGGGAGUGCUUCAACGCCUCCGACGAGGUGCGCGCCUGGAGCGACGGCGACGUGCGGCUCAACCGGGACGACGCCGACGCGUACCGCGUCUCCAGCGCCCACAACCAGCUCGUCGUCCUCGGCUGCAACACCCUGGGCUACAUCCAGGGCCAGCGCGACGAGGGCAACGACUACUCCUUCGCCUACUACACCGGCUGCCUCUCCUUCUGCAACGACUCCGGCAGCGCGGCCGACGGCGCCUGCGCCGGCGUCGGGUGCUGCCGCGUCGACGUCCCGCCCGGCAUCACCGACAACAAGAUGAACUUCAGGGCGUACAACCACAAGGAGAGGCUUGGCUACAGCCCCUGCGACUACGCCUUCUUCGUGGACAGGGAGAACUACACCUUCCACACCGCGGACCUCAGGAUGGAGAUCAACCGGACGAUGCCGGUGUGGCUGGAUUGGGCCAUCCGUGACAACCUGACCUGCGAUGAGGCCAAGAAGGCGCAGGGGUACGCCUGCGUGAGCUCAAACAGUGAGUGCCACAAGUCGUUCAACGGACCUGGGUAUGUCUGCAACUGCAGCAUGGGCUACGAGGGCAACCCCUACGUCGUUGAUGGUUGUACCGAUAUCAAUGAGUGCGAACGUCAAGAGUAUCCAUGCAGAGGUGUUUGCCGGAAUACGUUGGGUUCAUAUGAAUGCAAAUGCCCCAGUGGUUUCCACAGUGCUGAUCCGUUUAAAGAGCCUUGCAACCUCAAAUUUCCACUUGGUGUAGUAAUUGCUUCAGGUGCUGCUGGUUGUCUGUUCAUAAUAUCGGUUGUGGUGUUCGUCUGGCUCCUUCGCAAAGAGAAAAGGAAGACCAAGGAAUAUUUUCAAAAAAAUGGGGGUCCUACGCUAGAAAAGGUUACCAAGAUCAAGCUAUUCAAAAAGGAGGAGCUGAUGCCAAUUUUAAGAAGUAACAAUCUUAUUGGAGAAGGUGGCUUUGGUGAGGUUUACAAGGGGCUUCUUGGAGAUGAACCGGUAGCAGUGAAGAAGCCCAAGAAUGUCAAUUUGGCAGACCAGUUCACCAACGAAGUUAUAAUUCAGUCUCGAGUCAUGCACAAGAACAUUGUCAAGCUCAUUGGCUGUUGCCUAGAAGUCGAUAUCCCAAUUUUAGCCUAUGAGUUUGUGCCGAAAGGCAGCCUUGACGACAUUUUGCACGGCAGCAGGGAGCCCCUGGACUUGGACCAACGUCUGGAUAUUGCUGCACAAUCAGCUAGGGGUCUAGCUUAUUUGCAUUCAGAUACCAUCACAACAAUUCUACAUGGUGACAUUAAACCAGCUAAUAUCCUUUUAAGUGAUGACUUGGUACCAAAGAUAUCCGACUUUGGUAUAUCUAGGAUGAUUACCGUCGACAAAAAAUACACGAGAAAUGUCAUUGGUGCUGUGAGCUAUGUGGAUCCAGUAUAUCUGCAGUCAGGAAGACUAACGAGUAAAAGUGAUGUCUACAGUUUUGGAGUCGUGCUCCUAGAACUCAUCACAAGGAAGAAAGUCACGGAUUCUAACAACUUACUAAGGAACUUUAUCGAUGCUUACACAAAGGACAAGAGAGUGAUUGAGCUUGUCGAUUCAGAAAUUGCAACAACGGAGAACAUGGAGCUUCUUCAUAGUCUGGCUGGAAUGAUUGUGGAGUGCCUAGAUCUUAACAUCGAUCAAAGGCCGGAGAUGAUAGAUGUAGCAGAGAAUCUUCGCGCCAUGCUGAAGGGAUCACGGAGCAAAACGAAUGAGAUAUGAUUUUUUUUCCUGUGGGUUUGGUGCAUGAUACAGUUUGAAAGUUGUACAAGAAGUUUGGAAAUGAAAUUGUAAUGCAGUAAACUGCCAUAUCUCCAAAGAAGGAAGUGAGGCGGUUUCUAUUUGAAA